AUGGCAAAUCGACAACUUGCUCGGGACAUGCAAACCGAGUUUCAGGCGAGGUUCAACGCGAAGCAAGCCCGCCGCGAAGCCGCAAAGGCUGCGAAACAGGACAAUGAGCUGAAGAAGCAGAUCCAGAAUCUGCUCAAGAAAGGCGAGACGGGCCAGGCGGCGCAAAAGGCGCGCAUGCUGCUGGCCAAGCAGGCGAUCGCAGCGCAGAUGGACCAGGCGGCGGACAUGGCGGAGCUAUCGGUGGCGCAGAUCCAGGCCAAUAACGCCAUGAACCGGAUGACGGCCAUGAUGGCGCAGUCGUCGCGGACCAUGAGCCGGGCGCAGCGCAACGCGAACCCCGAGAAGACGCUCGUGACGCUCGAGCAGUUCCGCACGCAGAACGAGGAGUACGCCAUGGCCAACGGCAUCUACCAGGACGCCAUGACCCAGAGCACCAGCGUCCAGGUCAGCGACGACGCCGUCCACGAGCUGCUCGGCAAGCUCGCCGACGACGCCGGCGUCGAGCUCAGCUCCGAGCUCAACACGGCAAACGCCAGCACCGAGGACCCCGAGCGCGAGAUGGCUACCACAGCCGAGCCCACCCCCGAGGAGGAGGACGCCCUCCAGCAGCGCCUGCGCGCUCUGCGGGCUUGA